CAGGACUUUAGUUCUGUUUACGAUAAUUUCGAGAAUGGGAUCGAGAGAGAUACACAUGGGUCAAUCGUAGAAACGAUUCCUCAUCAAGACUUGAACGAUGCGCAAGAUUUGAAAACCCCCCUCCAGAUCCGACUUACCAAGCCGAAAAAAAGUCAAAACGAGAUGCCAGAAAAGGUUAGUGAUAAGAGACGAGGAAACAUCAAUUUGACGCGUGUUCGACUAGGGUUGAAGGCCGAGGAUCCAAUACCCGACGAAUUGUAG